UACACAUGAAAGGUUCCGUGGCCGGUCGCGUUUGCCGCACGGAGCGGAGAAGCGGGCGCGACAGGGAAGGUUUUGAGCAGCGGACGCUGGUGUUCCCCUCGCCGCUUCCGGGCCGGUGCCAGAAGCAAGAGCUUGAGCUCCCACCUCUGAGCUGUAGAUCUGAGCUCAGCAUCCUGAUUCGGUGCUGCCUUUGGGGGAGGAUGAAUCAGGACAAUGACUCAAGUGAUCAGACCACUGGCCAGGACCCACUCCUAUUGCUGAAAGCCCUUCAGCUCCUCUGGACAAAGAAAGAGAUGGAGAAGCAGCUCAAGGAAGAAAUCAGGCGGGGCUUCGCAGGACUGCAGGACCCAUUGGCAGGACUCCUGGACAUGCUGGAGGGCAGCGGUGAUUGGAAGGGGAAAGGGCAUUCCCUCGGGUAUUACAUCACCACGGAGCUGCAGCUUUGGAUAAAAGAGCAUCCUGCUGCUCAACAGUCUGGCAUCAAGCUGAAGAAGCUGCAGGCCCGUGUGCUGGGAAUACUAGCCCAGUGCCCAGCUAAUCUUCUUGACCCUUUGAUUAGCAUUUACCAGCUCCAUACAGCAGACCGGAACUAUUUGCUUGGACAUGUCAGUCAUCUUUAUCACAAGGGCGAUUACAAAGAGGCAGCCAUACUGAGUAUUAAGCUAAAAUUGCAGCCAGAUCAAGAUGUGGAGAAGAUGUGUACGCCGCUACUGCUCCAAGAUAAAACUAAUGUGGUGGAAGAUUAUGUGGAAGAAUAUCCUGAGCUCCAGAGCAAGCUCUUGCACAUCCUGGACUCGUGGUGUGAACCCCGUUUUAAUAUCAAAGACAUCACAAGACAGUACCAAGGCCUGUCCAGGUACAAACCAGAGAAAUUUAACCGCAAAAUGCUAAGCAAGCUGGUCUUCAGGCUCCUGGAGCGGUUUAACGUAGAUCCAGCUCUCUGCCCCAAUGUCAUAAAUCAGCGGCACUUGAGAACUCUGAAAUACCUCUUUUACAAGAGGUUUGUUGAGAAAACCAUGACUCAGGAGAACUGGACAGAUCACGUCCAGAGCACAGUUGGAGAGAAUCGAUGGCUCCAAGGGCACCUGAUACAGCUGCUCACCAGUUACUGUGAUCUAAACACAGCAGCAAGAUGGGCCCAACGCUGCAAUUUGCCCAAGGAGAUGCUGCCUUGUAGAGUGGCUGACGAGCUUCAAAAGCUUCAGAUCCAAGAGAGAGUUGAAGAAGCCACAAAAGCAGAUAAUUAUGAAGAGAGUAAGAAGAAGGACUAUUACCAACUUCCCAUUCCACGGGCAAAUAUCCACUUCCUGCAGACAUGGGAAGAGACACUGCAGUGCUGGGAAAAGGUGCUGCAGCCCGCGCAGGUUGUUGGCAUUGACAUGGAGUGGAGGCCUUCAUUCGGCAUGGUUGGGAAGCCUCGUGUCUCCCUCCUUCAGAUCGCUCUGAAGGAUGAGGUGUUCCUGCUUGACCUGCCCCGGCUCCUCCAGCAAGCUGAGGUGGAUGGUGAGAAGGAGAAGCUUCCCAAUUUCAUCCAGAUGCUCUAUUCAGAUGCAUCCAUCACUAAACUAGGUUAUGGGAUGUCUGGAGACCUUAGCAACCUUGCAGCCACAUGGUCUGCUUUGAAAGACACAGAUAAGAAAGCACAAGGCGUGGUGGACCUACUCACAGUAGACAAACAACUGCAGAAGCGCUCCGUUGACUGGAAGAAGGGUGGUCAGGAGGUCGAUGUCCUGUCCCUGGAGCAGAGCUAUGAGGGGAGAGGGAUCAAGCAGCCAGAGAAAGGACUCAGCCUCUUGGUGCAACAUGUGCUGGGGAAACCUCUAGAUAAAACAGAGCAACUUUCUAACUGGGAGAAACGGCCUCUCCGGGAGGAGCAGAUCCUCUAUGCAGCUUCAGAUGCCUACUGUUUGCUGGAGAUCUAUGAGAAACUCUGUAAGGAUCCAGAGAGCUUUGGGCUGAGCUCAGACCUGACAGAGAGUCUGGUGGGAAAGGAGAGCAUAAAACCCAAGGCAAAGAAGCAGCUGAAUAAACAAGAAGCACCGUCACCUUCUGGACAGCAAUGCCAAGGAUCCAGAACGGAGACCCAAUGUGCCCCUGCUCCCAUCUCCCCAAAGGAGUUCAGUGUGGUCUGCGAUAACAUGCUGCAAGGCCUCGGGCGCUAUCUUCGCUGCCUUGGUGUGGAUGUCCGGAUGCUGGAGAAUGACGAUGACCAUAGGAAGGCUGCUGAGAUUGCCCGACAGGAAGGAAGAGUCAUUUUAACCUCUGGACUCCCAUAUCAGACUCUGCAGUCCCAGGUAGCAGAAGGAAGGUGUUUCUCAGUGAACAGCUCAGAAAAGGCAAAAGAACAGGCCCUGCAGGUUCUGAAGCACUUCAACGUUCAAGUAUCCCUUUCGGAUAUCUUCAGCCGCUGCCAGGUGUGCAACUGCGACAAGUACCUGAAGGUCUCGAGGGAGAGGAUGAGGCAGCUGGUGGAGGGCAGCAGUCAGGCGCCGGGGGCCGGUGGCGCAGGCUGCCUGGUGAGCUGUGAGGAGAAGCCCCAUCGGAGCUGUGAUGCUGCCAUGUCCGCCCAUGGCACAGCGCCGCCCGGCUGCCCCGGACACGCCGAGCGGCUGGAGGGGCCGGUGCUGGUGGGGGGCACAGUGCUGCAGGUCGCUGCCAUCCCCCCAGGGGUGCUGGACAAAGCCGAGCUCACCCACUUCUAUUGCUGCACCGGCUGCGGGAAGGUGUUCUGGGAAGGCUCCCAUUUCGGACGUGUUGUCUCCCAGUUUCGGGAUGUUCUUGUCACCAGCAGGGACACGCAGACCAUCUAUGAGCUGAGUUGAGGGGGGACACGGGGGCUCCACAGUGGGAUGGACAUAGAUGUGGGGCCCUGGGUUUGGGGUGCAGGGCUGGAAGUGGAGGGCUCUCGUUUCAGGGUCUGCGCUGGAGGGGACUGUCUCAUUUGCACUGGUGAUUUGGGACAGCUGAAAAUAAGUGGCCUCCAUGAGAUCGUUAAACCAGAGGUGGCCGGAGAAUGAGGCCUUUGCUUUACUUCUGCCUCCCUCCAGCCUGGGCAUGGCAAGAGGGUGGCAGAGCUCUCCAAAAUGCCACCCUGGCAGUGCCAACCCCACGGCACCCAUCAGGCCCCGGCAUCCUUGCUGGGGUGCCAGGAGCUGUGUCCCUGACAGCAGCAAAGGGCAGAGAGCAUCUCCAGUGCCCAGCACACUCCCCAGCCUGUGGGACUUGACUUACGCCGCGACCCAUCCCCAGCACCCACACUGACCCUGGUCCAGCUCUUCCAGAAGCUCUCCCAGCAUUCAUAGCAUCAUAGGCUCAUGUAGGUUGGAGAAGACCUUUAAGCUCAUCAAGUCCAACCGAUCCCCAGCACUGCCAAGGCCACCACUAACCCAUGGCACUGAGGGCCUCGUCUACACGGUGUGUGAACACUUCCAGGAACAGUGACUCCAGCACUGCCCUGGGCAGCCUGUUCCAAUGCCUGAGCACCCUUUGGGGAAGGAGUUGUUCCUAAUCUCCAUCUAAACUCCCCUGGUGCAGCUUGAGGCCGUUUCCUCUUGUCCCAUCCCUUGUUCCUUGGGAGCAGAGACCUCCUGGCUCCACCUUCCUGUCAGGUAGUUGUAGAGAGCAAUAAGGUCCCCCCUGAGCCUUCUCUGUCCUCGAAGGCAAUGGGUGGGCACAGGGGUGGAUGCCCAGGGGGGCUGAGCACUGCUGUGACAUUUACACACAGGCAUUUACACACAGGCAGCGCAGAGACUCGCAUUCCCUCUCGCAGAGCUCCUGGCCGUGCCGUGCCUUCCCCCCAGGAACAUCUCACCCCCCCCUCAGCCCUUGGGCAAAAAACCACUUUUUCCACUUUAGACAUCCCUAUUUCCGUAAGCUCCUGCCCGGGCUUUACUGCAAGUGACCUUAUAAGGUGGCCAUCACCAUGCUGCACCCCAGCAGUCCCUGUUGAAUCCUGGCCAUGGCACGACCCCCUGGUGACACUUCCUAUGGUCACAGUGUGCCGUUUUGUCCUGAUUUCCAUCAGAAGAUGGCAGAGGGCACCUGUGCCCACCCUGUGCCUGUGUAAGGACCCGUUCUGGCAGGGCAGGGAUGCUGAGCCUCCCUGCUUCCCAUCAGGACACAUUGGGGUGUGAGUCUGGCUCUGGCCAGAAGCAACUACAAGGAUCUGUGUUUCCGGGGUGUUUGGAGGGUUAUUUUCCUUCUUUCCCUGCACUUGGCUUGGUGAAGCUUGGAGAGAAAGCCUCCUCCAUGGCUGAGCAUCACCAUCACAGCAGUGUCUGUAGGACCAUGGUCAUGCACCAGUGAGACCCCCCCAGCCCCAGCCGCUGCUCCAGCCAUGCUGCGGGGCAUUGCUUAGUAUUUUGACACUGGCUGCUGCAGAUGGGCCCUAAACCCACUUUUUCACCUUCAUCCCCUCCUUCUCCAUCUCUCACAGUUGGAUAUCACCCUCAGUGGCAUCAUUUUUCCAUUGAUGCUUUCCAUUACUCCUCAGUUGUAGACAAUAUAACCUGAAGAAACUGGUUCAUGUCCUGUGUUUCCAGCCCUGCACUCUCUCUAGGCAUCAAUUUCUUAAUUCCCUCUUUAUCUAAAAUGGGAAUUUCCUCUUCACUUUUACCCCCAGGUCAUUUUAUCAUGUUUCUGGUGCAACAGUUUGAGGCCUGGCAGUGACAGCGGAGGAUGAACUGUGUUCUGCUGCACUGGCAUUGAUACAAGGCUUCCCGCAAGUGUCCAGGCCGGGUGGUGGGAGACCUGCAGAAAGGGGCACAUGGGAUCCCUGCUGAGGGACCCUCAGCACCCUGUUGGGGCGCCCACUGCCCCGUGACCACAGGGUGCUGUGUCUGCCACCCUCAGCCUUGUGCUGUCCUCUGCCUCUGGGGCUUUUCCCAUUGUCCCUGUGUGUCCAGGUGACCUGUUCGCUGCCUGUAAGUGGCAUGUCCUUAUGGUCACACCCCUCUGGUGCUAGCACCCUCGAUGCUCAGAUCCUCCAGUGCAACCUGCCACCUCAUCUAGGAACACUUAUGUGCCUUAUCAUGUCCUUGUGGGCAACCAGAACCCCAGCUCCCCUGGAGCAGCACGUGGGGACCCUGAUGAGCGUCCCAUGAGCAGAGAGAGGACAAGGUCCUGCUUUGCCGCAGCCCCUCUACAAACCCCAGUCUCCACAUGGACUCAUCCGUGUGUCAGCAUCCUGCCGCGCCGGGGCUUGCUCUGGGAAGCAGGAAUGCUGCUGGCCCCUGCGGUGAGAAGUGCUUCAUCGAUGAACCUCUCCAGACCCUGCCUGUGGGAAGCUCCUGACUCACCCCAACAUGAGUCACCCGGGAGCUCAGAGCUGCAGCCCCGCGUGUCCUCAGCACCCCCCAGCACCCCCUGGCACUGCUGGCCUCUGCUCACUAGGUUUGGGACCUGUGGUUUCUCGUCACUGCUGGUGCUUCCAGUGUGGAGGGGCGACUGAGGGGACAAUGGGGCUCACUGACCCUGUCCCUUGCACUGGGGAGGCUCCUGGCCACACAGCUGCAGGAAAGAGCCCUUCCCUGUGAUCCCUGUGGACAGCAGGGUCCCCUCCCGGCCACCUCUAGCACUUUAUCUCGCUGCCACCUCUGUCAGUCUGUGGGAAGCUCUUGUGCCCACCGCCUGGGCUGCUGGCACUUGUGCUGGGGCAGGCUCACCACACUGGGACCUGCUGUAGGAGAACAUCAACCAUGGACAGACAUCAGCAGGUCGUGUGGACAUGUGGGCAUGGAACAAAACAUCUCCCAAAGGGUCUCAUCCAGCUCCUGGGGAUGGGGGCAGCAGAUGAAACCCAGCACAGCACCUCUCUCUUUCUGCUGGCCACAGGCAGGAUCUGUGCAGCAAGGUCAUGUCCAGUCAUAGACACACUGAACAUCAAACUCCACAUGGGACUCACCUUGCGGAGCAUCCAGGAAGUAAUAAACUGUCCAAUUUUGAAUGGUGGAUACAUAUCAAAGGGAAUCAAACCAGGUUUCUAAUCAAUCUGCAAUAUUGUUUCCCUAUCUGGCUACUUAAAAAAAAAUAUAUUAAAAAUCCCACUGUCUGUGCCAUGCAAA